GCCGGAGCCGGAGCCGGGGCGCUGCGCUCACUUCGUGCUGAGGAAGAGGCGCUUCUGCAGGAUGAUCCCGGCGCCCGGCAGGCGCUUCUGCGGCGAGCACGGGCACGAAGAGCACUGUGUAUGAAGACCAACUACAAAAGCAUUUAAAAAAAUGUAACUCAAGAGAGAAGCCAAAGCCUGUAAGUGCAGUGUAAUUUCAACACUUCCUCUCGGAUCUAAGACCUAAAACAUUACAGUUCUGCAGAGAAUUUUCUGUGCUGACAGCAGCUGUGAGCUGCAGGGCAGCAGGUCUAGCAAAGCACUACUGCUGAAAUGCAACUCACAUUCCAGUCCCUUCAUGUUCUCUGCCCCUUCUCAUUGUAAUUUGGUACACUUUUUCAGUUCUUGGUUACAAAUAAAAAUGUUGAAUUCAUUUUUCUCAGAAACAACCCAGGGAAGAGGCUCUCACAAUGCCAUUCAUUUCAGAGGCUGGGUGAGAGCUUGUCCUGAGAAAGCAAAACCUGCAGAGAAGCUCUGGGUAUCCCAGGCACUUGCCCACUCCAGGCAGGCUGGCAGUGAGCCACGGAGAGCCUGGCUGAGAGCUGCUGAGGGAAGCAAGAGGACAUGUGUUUAUACAGCUCUUUCAAGAAAGCAGAGGAUGGCUUCUUUAUUGCCUGCCUUUCUGCCUUAUUUGAAUUGCACCUUUAGUACUCCCUGGGAAACCUGAAAAUGGUCUCUGGAAUCUGUCUAGUAAGCCCUGACUGCUUUACUCUUAUGAACAUGUUCAAUCUUGUAACACUGUGUCAGAAGAGUAACUUCUGGCUGGGAUUCAGGAUCAAACUAUAGGAAGGAAAAGUACUUGGAAAAUCUUACCUUGCAGUGGAUUCCUAUUGCUACAUACCUUACCAUAAGAACACUAAAGAAUUUGGCUAUUUGCUUCCUGGUAAUUAACUGAAUCAAAUUUAUUUUCUUUUAUUUUCUUUUUUUUUUAAGGUCUACUUUGUUCAAGAUAUUAAUGCUGGUUUAAAAGAUGUAGUAGAAAUACCAGAAAAACAAGUGAGUACAUUAUUUGGUUUUAGGUUCAGUCCAUACAUUACAUGUUGCAACUCAUGACUAUAAAAAUACAGAAAAUUUCAAAGGUCUCACAUUUAUUGGUGUCACUUUUUUUCCUUAAAAAGGUUCCUCUGUCUUCUUUAUCUCUUGAAGAGCUGCAGAAUUUAAUUAUAAAGUUGAAAAAAGCAAGUAAUGGCCUGGAACUUCAUCUUAAGGAACAAAUACUGUCCCACCAGGCUUUACAAGAAGCCUUAAGUGACCCAAAGAAUGGGGAAUCUGCUUUCAAACACCUGAAACAACAGUCUUCUAUUUUAGGUAACAUGGAAAAAUUGCAUUUACUUGGUCCAGGAAGGUGUUUUGUUGAGUUUGGAGCUGGGCGAGGAAAGCUGUCUCAUUGGGUUGAUAUUGCCUUAGAGAAUGUUGAAAAUGUUCAGUUUUUGCUUGUGGAAAGGGCAACCACAAGAUUCAAGGUGGAUGGAAAACACAAAAGGAGAGAUUCUAUAUUUGAGAGGCUUCAAGUAGACAUUCAGCACUUAUGUUUAAAUAAGGUACCUAUUUUGGAGAAGAAAAAACUACCAGUGGUAGGAAUUGGGAAGCAUUUGUGUGGUGCUGCAACAGAUCUUGCUUUGAGAUGCUUGGUUGAAAGUUACACCACUAGCUGUGAUGGAGAAGAUGAAGAGCCUGCACCAAAACGCUGCAGGGCUGCUCAGACAGAGGAGGCUCCUCACAAAUCUGCUGGUAAUGAAAGCACCGCAGAAGACCGUAAACCUGUAGCUGGAAUUGUUAUUGCUCUGUGUUGCCAUCACAAGUGUGACUGGACCCAUUAUGUAGGCAGAGAGUUCUUUAAAUCAAUAGGACUGGGACCAGUAGAAUUCCAUUAUUUUCAGAGAAUGAGUAGUUGGGCCACUUGUGGCAUGCAAGAAACCACAAGCAAAGUUUCUACAAGUGAAGACAGUCAAGAUCAAACUAAUGACACAGAAGAACAUGAGCACACCCUCAGCAGGACAGCAAGUGGUUCUGAUACUUUACAAGGGAUACUGAGUGUUGAGGAGCGGAAGGAGAUCGGUUGCCUCUGCAAACGGCUGAUUGAUCACGGACGGAUUGAGUAUUUACAGCAGCAAGGAUACAAGGCUGCACUGCAGUAUUAUACAGAGCCUGCUGUGUCCUUGGAGAAUGUCCUGUUGACAGCUGUCCCAAAUCCUCCUUUGAUACCAGAGCCAACUGUAUGACAGGAAACAAAUUUGGAAUUGGUAGGAAAAAAAAACAAACUCUAUAAAACUUAUCUGGGUUUUUUUUAAAAAACUAAUUAAUUUUUUACAAAAAAAAAAAAACAAACUUAUCUCAUCUUUCCUGUACCCAAGAAAAGGUCUUAUACUUUCCAGCUUCACUGGGAAUUACAAAUACACAAACCAGUUCUCAUCAGCGGAAAAAUAAAAAUCCCUAAAAAUA